AUGUUUACUGCCUAUCAUCUUUAUGCCCUCCAGCAAACACGCAUACGCAUCCUUGUCUGUCUGCGGUUGUCGAUUUUCGAGAUCCCCACAAACCAGGUUUUGCUUGCCGAACCACGUGAUCAUUUUCCGGACGAUAACUGUGCGUUAAUAAACUUAAACGAGGCGACUCUUCUUGAAAAUGUCAAACAGCGUUACAUGAAGGAUAAAAUUUAUACAUACGUGGCCAAUAUUCUUAUUGCCGUCAAUCCAUAUCACGAGAUACCAGGACUGUACUCAAAGGAGACGGUGCAGCAGUACCGCGGAAAGUCGCUUGGCGUUUUACCGCCACACGCGUUUGCAAUCGCGGACAAGGCCUACCGCGACAUGCGUAUACAGAAGGCAUCCCAGGCCAUCGUGGUCAGUGGAGAAUCCGGUGCCGGGAAAACGGAGACGACAAAAUACGUUCUGCGAUAUCUGACAGAGAGCUAUGGAGCAGAGGCCGGCAUAAUUGAGCGCAACAUCAUUGAAUUUGAUGCGAAUGCAGUCAACUGUUUGACAAGGAGGGCAGUCGGUGGCAUACUGGUCAACGUGUUGGUCGCGAAACUCUUAACUUUCUGCUUUUUUGCAUCGGUUGCCAGUUUCUGCAUCGAUGUCACCGUUACGGAAAUUCAAGUAAUCGGUCCUGAGAGAAACUUUUACAAAUACCCACCCUUAAAAGACGCCUGCUGCGCAUUGGUUAAUCAAACAGUCACUGAGACCAUGAUGGUAUUUUCUCUGGAGGUGUUUGUCUCCUUGAACCACGAGCCAUUAUCCACCGUCCACCUUGAGAGUUUGACAAAGUAUUUAUUUUUCAGUCAGCUUGAACUUUGA